CGCUCGCACCUCCCCUUUCACUAAGCCCUAACCCUAGCUGCGACGGCAGAGGCGGCGGCGAAGGCGACGAGGGAGAGGGCUACGACGACGAGGGCGACGGCAGUGAGGGCGACGACCACGACGGCGGCGGAGGCGGCAGCGACGAUGGUGCGACCAACUGAAACCAUAGAUGUGCCCGAAUCAAGUACACGAUUGUUCUCGUUAGAGUUAAAGCUUGAAGGUUUUAGCACGAUAGAGUCAGGGCAGGGAGCAUCUGCAUCUAAAGUAGCAGUUUCAAGUGAACCUGCAACCCAAGAAGUAGAUGAUUCAUUGCUUAAUGUGUUUGACAUGGAUGAGGAAUAUGUGGGUGUUGAUGAUGAGGGACUAUACAUGGAACCUAUUCACAUCAUUGCACCUGGAGAUGGUGUACACACCUCUUCUGAACCAUUUGCUCAAAAUGAUCAACCUUGUGGUGAGGAUGGUGGUGACACAUCUUCUGCACCAUUUGCUCAAAAUGCUCAAACUUGUGUUGACGAUGAGGUCACUGAUGCUGACCCUGGAGAGUACAAUGUCAUACAUAACCCUGACAUGCCAAUGAUUGAGGAGGGUGCUGUUUUUCCUGAUAUGAUAACAUUCAGAAAAGCUAUAAGACACUUUGCUGUUGUUAAAGGAUUUGAGUUCUCUAAUGUACAAACAGAUAAAACGAGGUUCAUUGCUCGUUGCAAGCAUGGGGAGUGUAAAUGGAGAAUUCAUGCAUCAAGGUUGGAUGAUGAUAAAACUAUUCAUAUAAAGAAGCUACCAUUUGCACAUGAAUGCCCUACAACCAAGCUUAUGGAAGGGAAGAUGGCAACUCAAGACUGGAUUGCAGACAGACUUAAGGACUGGCUGAAAAAGAAUCCUGACAAGGGAGCAAAGGCAGCCAAAGAAAAGCUUGAAGAGCAAUAUGAGAUCAAGUUGAAAUACUCAAAAGCUUGGUCUGGGAAGAGGCUUGCAGAGAACCAGAUCCAUGGCACAUAUGAAGAUAGUUUUCAGUUGUUAUUCAAUUGGAAGGCAGAGAUUGAGAAGAGAUCACCAGGUACAAUUGUUACAAUUGAUUUGCAGAAGUUAGGGAAAAAAUGUGUUUCAAAAGGAUGUUUGUUGCUUUGAAACCAUGUGUAGAUGGAUUUGUGAAUGGAUGUAGGCCAUACAUAGGAGUAGAUGCCACUAGACUAACUGGUAAAUACACUGGUCAGUUGGCCUCAGCCACAUCUAUUGAUGGAUACAAUUGGUUGUUCUAUGUUGCAUUUGCAAUUUUUGACUCAGAGACAGAUGACAAUUGGUUGUGGUUCAUGCAACAGUUGCAUGCAGCUGUAGGUGCUCCUGAUGGCUUAGUUAUAUCAACCGAUGCAUGCAAAGGUCUAGAGAAAGCUGUGGGAGCUGUUUUUGACAAAGCUGAACAUAGGGAGUGCAUGAGACACUUGUAUGCUAAUUUCAUGAAAAAGUAUAGGGGCCCUAUAUUCACAAUGCACUUGUAUCUUGCUGCUAGGAGCUUCACAGAGGAUGGGUUUAGAGCUCAUAUGCAGGAAAUUUUUAAUUUCUGCCCUCAAGCCAUUGAGUACCUAGAACAGCACCACACAAGGAUAUGGUAUAGUUGUGGCUUUAAGGAAAUAUGCAAGUGUGAUUAUUUGACCAACAAUGCUUCUGAAAGUUUUAAUAAUCAGAUUAAAGCUCUGAAGGGUCUACAUCUUCAUGAACUAGUAGAUUCUCUGAGAGAGUUAUUCAUGGAGAAGAUGUUUUUGAGGAAGCAAAUUGGUGAUAAGUUUACUGAUGGGAUCCUUCCAAAUGUGAUUAAAGAGCUAAAUGCAGCAACCACUAACCUGAAAGUUGUAAAGGUUGCUAGGAGUGAUGAUGACAUGGCUGAGAUCUCAUUGGUUGAGAGUGAUAACGACACCAGGAGACACAGUCAACCUAACCAAUCAAACAUGUUCUUGUAGAAAGUGGCAAGUUACAGGAAAACCAUGCAGCCAUGCCUUGGCAUGGAUUUGUUCCAACAGAGGAGUUGAAAUUAAGGAUUUUGUUUCUGAUUACUGCUCUAUUAGCAAGUUCAAAGCAGCUUAUGCAGGGAGAAUAACAACUAUGCCAGAUAGGUCAGAAUGGCAUGUGGUUGAUUUAGGCUUCAAAGUUUGGCCGCCUAGACUGAAGAGGGGUGCAGGGAGACCAAGAGUUACAAGGAUAAGGGGAGUACUUGAGCUAGGGGCUAAAAGAGUGAGAUGCAGGAGAUGCCAAGGUUUUGGUCACUUUGCUAAGACUUGCAAAGAGGCUGAAGCACCAGAUGCAGCUGAUGAAGUGCCUACUCCACAUAAGAGGAAGAGACCUCAGAAUGAACCUUCUUCAAGCAUGCCUGCUAAGAAGAAGAAGACCCCAAAGAAGAAGAAAGAUGCUCAGGCUGCCUCAAAGGGACCAGCUAGGGUGGUCAGGAGCUUGUCCCAGUAUCUGUCCACCUAAAAUGAUAGCUUGUUGUAUAUUUUGAAGACUCCUUGUAAUGUCAGGAGCUUGUCCGAGUAUAUUUUGUAGACUCUCUGUAGUAGUAUGUUGCCAUGGAUAUGCUAUUUUGCGCCUGUAUGACAUUUCAAGGGCUGCUUUUGCCUUUUGCCUGGAUAUGUUGGCUGGUACUGUGCCGACUGAACUCAUGUCUACUGAAUCUGGCAAAAUAUUUGCACAAUUCGAUGGAAAGAUAGCUUAUUGUGACGGUUUGCUUGCAAAUUUUGUUGGGAGGAAUUAUAUUUGCAUGAUUUGUUA